AUUUUCAAAUAUUCGUAAUUGGAUAUAUAUAUUCAAUAUAUUUAUAUCUCUGAAACAUACUUAUAUUUGAAUAAGCAUAAAAUAUGUUUUCCAAUAUGAUGAAUUUAUGGUUAGACGCUCGGAAAAACCAAGAGGAGAGAUGGAUUUAUGACCAUGCUUACGACUAAAACAGAUCCCAUGAUAAUAAGUAUGGGGCCACACCAUCCAUCAAUGCACGGAGUUUUGAGACUCAUUGUGACUCUGGAUGGUGAAAAUGUAGUAGAUUGUGAACCCAUUUUAGGAUAUUUACAUCGAGGAAUGGAAAAAAUUGCAGAAAAUAGAACUACAUUGCAAUAUCUUCCAUAUGUUACUCGAUGGGAUUAUCUGGCUACUAUGUUUACAGAAGCAGUAACGGUAAAUGCACCAGAAAGAUUAGCUAAUAUUCAAGUACCAAAAAGAGCUAGUUAUAUACGAGUUAUAAUGUUAGAAUUAAGCAGAAUAGCUUCGCAUUUAUUAUGGCUAGGUCCUUUUAUGGCUGAUAUUGGAGCACAAACUCCCUUUUUUUAUAUUUUCAGAGAAAGGGAAAUGAUUUAUGAUCUUUUUGAAGCAGCCACUGGUAUGAGAAUGAUGCACAAUUAUUUUCGUAUCGGUGGAGUCGCAGUCGAUUUACCUUAUGGAUGGGUAGAUAAAUGUUUAGAUUUCUGUGAUUAUUUCUUACCUAAGAUCAAUGAAUAUGAAAGAUUAAUUACUAGAAAUCCUAUUUUUCUUAAAAGAGUUCAAGGUGUAGGGAUUAUUGGUAGAGAAGAAGCUAUUAAUUGGGGACUGUCUGGUGCUAUGUUACGUGCUUCAGGAGUUCAAUGGGAUCUUCGAAAAGUAGAUCACUAUGAGUGUUAUGAUGAAUUUGAUUGGCAGGUUGAAUGGCAAACUGAAGGAGAUUGCUUAGCACGCUAUUUAGUACGUAUUGGUGAAAUGAGAGAAUCCACUAAAAUUAUUCAACAAGCACUAAAAACUAUUCCUGGAGGACCUUAUGAAAAUUUGGAAGCUCGUAGAAUAGGUUUAUUAAGUAAAGAAAGUUCUCCGUGGAAUGAUUUUGAAUAUCAAUUUAUUAGUAAAAAACCAUCUCCAACUUUUAAAUUACCUAAACAAGAGCAUUAUGUCAGAGUUGAAGCUCCUAAAGGUGAACUUGGUGUUUAUUUAAUUGGAGAUGACAGCUUAUUCCCAUGGCGAUGGAAAAUUAGACCACCAGGAUUUAUUAAUUUACAAAUUCUUCCUCAAUUAGUAAAAGGAAUGAAACUUGCGGAUAUUAUGACUAUACUUGGUAGUAUUGAUAUUAUUAUGGGGGAGGUUGAUCGUUAAAUGGCAUCUACUAGAGCCCUGGAUGAGAGAGUUAUUGAUCUAUUGUGUCAAAUUGGUAUACCUAAAGAAUUUUCUGAAUUUCUAUGGAUUUGUAUUCCUAUCCUGUCGGUCAUUAUUGGUGCAACUUUAGGUGUAUUGGUUAUUGUAUGGUUAGAAAGAAAAAUAUCUGCAGCUGCACAACAACGUAUUGGUCCUGAAUAUGCAGGUCCACUGGGUGUAAUACAAGCAUUAGCUGAUGGUUUAAAAUUAGUAUUUAAAGAAGAUAUUAUUCCUGCUAAAGCUGAUCCACUACUUUUUACACUUGGUCCUGCUAUUGUGCUAAUUCCUGUAGUUUUAAGUUAUUUAGUUGUUCCAUUCGGACCUAAUUUAAUAGUAGCUGAUAUAGGCCUAGGAAUCUUUUUUUGGAUUGUUGUUUCUAGUGUAGCACCUUUAGGAUUAUUAAUUGCAGGUUAUGGAUCUAAUAAUAAAUAUUCUUUUUU